UGAAGUUUCAAUCGUAAGUUCACUUCACAAGAUUUCAUCCGCAUAUUCCUCCACGAAGAAGCUAUCAGCUUCCGCCAUUUGAGAUCUGCUUUCACUUCAGUGACGCGAUCUUUAAGCUCAAGUAUUUCUUACAUUGCCUUUUCGUUUUCUCCUUAAGGAAAGAUAUCGAGUCUAAUGGCUGUGAGGAGACCUGGAGUCAUUGCUUUAUUCGAUGUCGAUGGAACUCUAACAGCUCCCAGAAAGGGUGCUACUCCACAGAUGUUCAAAUUUAUGGAAGAGCUCCGAAAGGUUGUUACAGUUGGUGUUGUGGGAGGAUCUGACCUUUCAAAGAUCUCAGAACAGCUUGGAAAUUCAGUUAUUAAUGACUAUGAUUAUGUGUUCUCUGAGAAUGGACUUGUGGCGCAUAAAGAUGGGAAGCUCAUUGGCACCCAGAGCUUGAAAUCUCAUAUUGGAGAAGAAAAUCUCAAGAAUCUUAUCAACUUUACGCUUCAUUAUAUUGCUGACUUGGAUAUCCCUAUAAAAAGGGGAACAUUCAUAGAGUUCCGAAAUGGAAUGCUCAAUGUCUCACCAAUUGGGCGAAACUGCAGCCAAGAAGAAAGAGAUGAAUUUGAGAAGUAUGAUAAGGUCCAGAAUAUACGCCCCAAAAUGGUUUCUAUCCUUAGGGAGAAAUUUGCACAUCUGAAUUUGACAUUCUCCAUAGGAGGGCAAAUAAGCUUUGAUGUCUUUCCUCAAGGUUGGGACAAGACAUAUUGCUUGAGGUAUCUUGAAGACUUUCAAGAAAUCCACUUCUUUGGCGAUAAAACUUACAAGGGAGGAAAUGAUCAUGAAAUUUAUGAAUCUGAACGAACUAUAGGCCACAAAGUUAUUAGCCCCGAUGAUACCGUAGAGCAGUGUCAAGCCAUAUUUUUCUAAGAAAUUCCGAGAGCCUAAGCAGAAGGUAUGAAAUUUUAUCUGUAUGACUAUGAAGAACUUUUGUAGCUUUUAUUCAUAAUUUGAAUGAUUAAGGUAUUAUAUGAAAUUCAACAAAUAAAUCUUUAUUCAUGGUU